AUGCCGACGAAAGAUGCACAUCUCCAGUUCGAGAAGUGGGCGCGAGAGUAUGGUCCAAUAUACAGUCUCAUCCUUGGAUCCAAAACCCUGGUUGUGCUUUCUGGCGACAAAGCUGUAAAGGAUCUCCUCGACAAGAGAAGCGGCAGGUACUCUCACCGGCAGGAGAUGUACAUCGGACAGACGCUUUGUAGUGAUAACAUGAGGAUGCUCAUGAUGGGUUACACACCACAGUGGCGCAAUCUUCGCAAAAUGGUCCACACCGUCCUCAACGUCACCAUUUCCAAGAGAUACGUCCCGUAUCAAAUGCUUGAGAACAAACAAAUGUUGUAUCAGAUGCUGGUUCAGCCGGAAAGGUUUUUGGAAAACAUUCGCAGAUACUCAAAUGCCUUGACGACCUCUCUGGUUUUCGGUUGGCGGACGCACAGCUACGACGACGAGAAAAUGAAGCAGUUGUUCGACGGCUUCACCGAAUUCGCAAAAUUAAACCAGACCGGGACGGCCGCACUGAUAGAUUUUUUCCCCUGGCUGCGAAUGUUGCCAGACUUCGCCCUCCCGACACAAAAGUUUGCCAAGGAUAUUCACAAGAAAGAGAAGGCUCUUUACCUCGACCAUUGGCUACACGCUAAAGACGAAAUCAAGAAGAAAACCAUCAAGCCUUGCUUUUGCCAGCAGCUCGCCAAGGCCCAAAACGAUGAAGGGUUCAGUGACGAACAGGCGGCCUACAUUAGCGGGACGCUCCUCGAGGCCGGAUCGGAUACGACGUCGAGCACACUGUACGCCUUUGUUCAAGCGAUGCUGCUGUUUCCGGAGGCCCAGAGAAAGGCGCAAGAGGAGAUCGACCGGGUCAUUGGGAACCACCAGAUGCCGACCAUGGAUCAUGCCUCGGGUCUGCCAUAUAUCCGGUCGUGCAUCAAGGAGACGCUCCGCUGGAUGCCGACGACGAUUCUGGGUGCCGUGCCGCACGCCGUCACCCAAGACGAUUGGUACGAAGGGUAUCUCAUACCCAAGGACGCCGGUGUCAUGAACAACGUGUGGGCCAUCAACAUGGACCCGAAGCGCCACCCUGACCCGCGCGUCUUCAACCCGGACAGGUACAAACAUGACAAUCAGUGGUUGGCGGAUGCGGCGUCGAACCCCGAAGCCAGCGCCCGCGAUCAGUUCACGUUCGGAGCCGGUCGUCGCAUCUGCCCGGGGAUCCACGUGGCGGAGCGAAGUCUCUUCCUCGGCGUGGCACGUUUCUUGUGGGCUUUCAAAGUCGAGCCGGCACUCGAUCGCGACAACAACCCGAUCUUCCCGGACCCAGAUAGACUGACGCAGGGGUUCGUCUGCAUGCCAGAGGAGUUUCGCUGUAGCAUCCGGCCAAGGUCGCAGCACAAGGCGGACCUGGUGGCCCGAGAAUGGGAAGAAGCACAGCGCGAAUGUUUAGACCCGGAGACGAAGCAGUGGCGAAUUUCGCCUCUGGGCGGCUGA